AAUUUUUCCUCUUUUCCUCCAGGUGAUUUUCCUUCAUGGAUUGGGAGAUACGGGGCAUGGAUGGGAAGAAGCCUUUGCACGUAUCAGAAGAUCACAUAUCAAAUAUAUCUGCCCGCAUGCACCAGUAAUGCCUGUGACAUUAAAUAUGAACAUGGCCAUGACUUCUUGGUUUGAUAUUAUUGGGCUUUCACCAGAUUCACAAGAGGAUGAACCUGGAAUUAAACAUGCAGCAGAAUAUGUAAAAACUUUGAUAGAUCAAGAGGUGAAGAAUGGCAUUCCUUCAGACAGAAUUAUUUUGGGAGGAUUUUCUCAGGGAGGAGCUUUAUCUUUAUACACUGCUCUGACCACACAGCAGAAACUGGCAGGUGUCACUGCGCUCAGUUGCUGGCUUCCACUUCGGUCUUCAUUUCCACAGGGUCCUAUCAGUGGUGUUAAUAGAGAUAUUUCUAUUCUUCAGUGCCAUGGAGAUUCUGAUCCUUUAGUUCCUCUAAUGUUCGGUUCUCUUACUGCUGAAAAGCUAAAAACAUUGGUAAAUCCAGCCAAUGUAACCUUCAAAGUCUAUGAAGGCAUGAUGCAUAGUUCAUGUCCACAGGAAAUGGUGGAUAUCAGGCAAUUCAUCGAUAAAAUCCUACCUCCAGUUGAUUGACAUCACUAAGGCGCCUUUGUGUAGAAGUACACACCAGCAUCGUUGUAGUCGAGUAUAAACCUCUUCCUGUGCCGGAUCUUGAAAGUUAUAAUGUUUGCAAUUUUAAAAUCUUUUGCAAUUACACACCAAUGACACAGUCUAAAUAAUAUCUCCUGUGGAAAAUUUAUGAUCUUGAAGGUUUCAAUACAUGAAUUUGUGUUAACAUGAUCCAGAAUAUACUAGCAUUAGCAUAGGUGAAGCAGCUAGCUUCUUUCCCCCCAAAUGUAAUUCGGCAAAAUAAUAAAAUACUACAUCCAGAUUUUUCUAUUACAUCAUUUGAAAAUUAUUAGUCUGCUUAAUGAAAACUUGUUCGGGGAUAAAUGAGCAGUUAAGAUAUAAACUAUUUAUGAAUACUGGGACUUAGUCUGUGGACUUAUUCCAAAAUUACUUAGUCACCAUGCAGUAUGUGUAUUUUUUAUAUUUGUAUUCAGAUAUACUUAAUGAUUAUAACACAUAAAAAGAAUGAGGUAUAACUACAUUAUUCCUAAUAACAGGGAUAUUGCUUCUAAGUGUCAAUAAAGAGUAACAUUGCUCUCUUCAA